CUACCCCUGCAUCAAAGCCAUCAGCCCUAGUGAAGGAUGGACCACGGGAGGAGCCACAGUCAUCAUCAUAGGAGAUAACUUCUUUGACGGUCUCCAAGUCGUGUUCGGGACGAUGCUUGUGUGGAGUGAGCUGAUUACACCCCACGCCAUCAGAGUGCAGACCCCACCCAGGCACAUCCCAGGAGUCGUGGAAGUCACCCUCUCCUACAAGUCCAAGCAGUUCUGCAAAGGCGCUCCUGGACGAUUUGUCUACACUGCUUUGAACGAGCCAACCAUCGACUACGGCUUCCAGAGGCUACAGAAGGUCAUUCCCAGACAUCCAGGAGAUCCAGAGAGGUUACCGAAG